AUGUCCGAUACAGAAGACAUCAGCAGCAAGAAGCGCAAGCUCCAAGAUGGCCCCGAGCUAGAAAUCGACGUCGAUGCACCGGAACCGGCGCUGCGCAAAGCGAAGAAGAACAAAGACAAGGGUAUCGACACCGAGGAUGCGGAGAAACCCAAGUCCAGCAAGUCCAGCAAGUCCAGCAAGCACAACGAUAUCGAUGAUACCAAGGAUCUCGAGGAGGAGGCCACUCCAAGCAAACGAUCUGAAUAUGGUGUUUGGAUCGGAAACUUGUCUUUCACAGUGACCAGGGAAGAACUGCGCAUGUUCUUCACCGCCAACUCCGAUAUCUCCGAGUCCGCAAUCACUCGAAUCCACCUCCCCAAGGGACCCGAGAGGUUUGGACGGCCCCAGAAUCGGGGCUUCGCUUACGUCGACUUCACCAACAAGAAGGCGCUGAAAGAGGCAAUUGGCCUGAGCGAGCAGCUCAUGACUGGCCGCCGCGUACUCAUCAAGGAUGCCAAGAGCUACGAGGGUCGUCCUGAGAAGUCCGAGAGACAAGAAAAUGCCGCCGGCGCUGCCGCCAAGCCUGGUCACCCUCCAUCCAAGCGACUCUUCGUCGGUAACCUGAGCUUCGAUGUCACCAAGGAAUCCCUCGAGGAGAACUUCAGCAAGUGCGGAAAGGUCAACAAUGUGCAUAUGGCGACUUUCCAAGAUACAGGAAAAUGCAAGGGAUAUGCCUGGGUGGAAUUCGAAGAGCUUGCCGCGGCGGAAGCAGCGGUGAGAGGAUUCGUUCUGGUCAAGGAGGACGACGGCCAAGAGGACGAUCCCUCUGACAGUGAAUCCGACUCGGCCACUGAGAAGAAGAAGUCGAAAAAGCUCAAGCCCAAGAUGAAUCGCAUCUGGGUAAACCAACUGUUCGGUCGCCGUAUGCGAAUGGAGUUCGCCGAAGAUGCGUCUACACGAUACAAGAAGCGCUUCGGCAAGGAUGCCGAAAAGAAGGAUGGACCCGCGAUCACCGAAGAGGGUGCACCACAAGAAAAGCCCCGUUACAAGAAAAGAUCAGAGCCCAUCGACGAGUCUCGCUACUCCAAGGAAACUGUGCAGAAGCUCAGUGGUGGUAUUGUCGAGGCUCAGGGCAAAAAGGUCACCUUCGACUAG